GCCCGCGAUAUCUUGAGCUGAUUUUCAAAGAUGGCGUCUAAGCGAAAAUUUGCCGGCGAAAAUAGUGGCGCUCUUGUUCCUGUAAAGAAGCCAAAACAGAAUCAGAUUGCUCUUACAGGUCAAGGAGGAGCCAUACAAGCGGUAUGUGUAAAUAUAUGUUGUGAUUAUUCUUUGUUGUAAUGUUGCGAAGUUGUUUACACAUGGUGUGAAAGCUCACAUGCGUGAUUUACUUUGAUAGCUUCCACAAAGAACAUCCAGUCUUGAAGCUCCUAUAAUGCUGCUCAGUGGACAUGAGGUUUGUUUGGUCAAAUUUGUUGAUUAACGAUAGCUCACUUCUAUUUUACAGGGCUGCAAAUAACGACCGGUCAACGGACAAUGUCCGGUCAAAAAUAGGUUUUGUCCGGUCAAAUCCUUAGAUGGCCGGACAAUUUGUCCGGUCGUCUAGGCUGGUAAGGAAAAAAUUUAGAGUUUCAAGUUUUAAAUAUUUUAAGGUUCAAUAUUAUUGGCGUUUGUGAAAAAGGAGGGGAAAAGAUGGAUACUUAACUACCAGACCAAAAUUUCCGGCUGUCGUGGCUUUGUCAUUCACCAAGUCGUCACCGCAAAUUAGCGGGUCUUACAAAUGUGUACCAGUCACGGGUGUGAAUUACUUGUUUCAUAUUUAAACAUCAUGUGAAGGGGUGAGGGGGUACUUUUAUAGCGAUAAGACGUAAUCGAUGUUUGUCCGGCCAAAAAUGGGAUAUGUCCGAGCAAAAAUAGGUUUGACCGGACAAUUUGACCGGCGCCAGCCGGGAAAUUAUUUGCAGCCCUGAUUUUAUGGGAGUUUCGCAUGCAUGAUGGUGUACAUCAGUUCAAGCUUAAUCACAGGGAGCCCGCACAAUCUGUUUGUGUAGCCGAUUGUUAUUAUAGUAAAUUAAUGUUCUAGAUUUACCGUUUGCCUCACCUAUAGCGAUAUGUCGCUAACUAUGUAUAUAAAUCAAUGAUAAAUAAACGUUGAAUUACCUUACCUGUGGUAUAUAGUCGUCCUUUUACUUCAAAAGUGGUUUUUUGGGAGAUUUUGAAGGAGUUUGAAUUCGCCGUUGACUGUUCCUUAUAAUAGAAGGACAAGGGUGGAAUCCAUGUUUUGAAAGGGCUCCAGUGCUGGAGCGAUUUUCCCCCCCAAAAUCGCAUCGCUCUGCUCUCAAACCCCGGAGCAAAAAGGUUGAAAGAUUCACGUGUCUCCUCGUACCUUCCAAUCGAAAAUCCAUCCAAACAGCCCGGAGCUAGCUGUCGAAGAAAAUUAAAAUCCCACAGUAUUCGAGCGGCAGGAAUGUGUAGUAAGAUUCAUACGUGCCAGCCACAAACCGUCCCGCUGAUUGCCUCUAUUUGAUUGGAUGUUGUUAGACAACAAAUGCUUACCAAGUCUUCUUCAUCAGUUAUUAUUUAACCAUUGGUUAAGGACAUCCAAUAAAAAAAAAGGCAAUCAGCGGGACGGUUUGUGGCUGGCACGUAUGAAUCUUGCUACGCAUUCCUGCCGCUUGAAUACUGUGGGAUUUUAAGUUUCUUCGACGGCUAGCUCCGGGCUGUUUGGAUGGAUUUUCGAUUGGAAGGUACGAGGAGAAACGUGAAUCUUUCGACCUUUUUGCUACGGGGUUUGAGAGCGGAGCGAUGCGAUUUUUGGGGGGAAAAUCUCUCCGGCACUGGAGCCAUUUCAAAACAUGGAUUCCACCCUUGUCCUUCUAUUAUAAGGAACAGUCAACGGCGAAAUCAAACUCCUUCAAAAUCGCUCAAAAAACCGCUUUUGAAGUAAAACGACGACUAUAUACCACAGGUAAGGUAAUUCAACGUUUAUUUAUCAUUGAUUUAUAUACAUAGUUAUCGAUAUAUCGCAAUAGGUGAAGCAAACGGUAAAUCCAGUACAUUUACUCUAAAAUAACAAUCAGGCUACACAAACAGAUUGCGUGGGCUCCCUGUGGCUUAAUGAGCUGUAAUUCCUGAUGGCAAAGAAUAUACAUAUUUAAGCAAUAGAAAACGUUUUCUGUGUUUACAUAGCCUGAUAUAAACACGAGAGGAGUUGGGAGAAUUCGAGACAGUUAUGCAAACUCAAGAUGAAGUCAAGGGUUUGCAUAACUGUCGAGAAUUCUCCCAACGCCUCAAGUGUUUAUAUCAGGCUAUGCAAACACUGGAAAAAAGUUUUCUAUUGCUUUUAUAUAAUAACUUUCCAGAGAAAAAAACAUAGAACUCUUUGUAUGGCACUGAUUAAAAGAGAAAUUCUUACCAAUCGCAAAAUCUUGUCCAUGAAGUCUUGCACGCGUAAUCAGUUCUUGUUUUGCAAAAAGAUGCUUUGCAAAAUACAGAUUUUUCUCACUUAAAAUGUCAGCUUAAGCGAAGAAAAAUUGACACACCUUCUUUGUAACGAUUUUCCAAGUUUCAGCCGAUGAAGGAAUGGGAAAGUAAAGUAAACUUGUCGAGUUUUGAACUCGAAAACUUUUUCAAUUUCGUGCUCGCAUGAUUAGCGCCCGAAAAGCCAAACAACUUGACGCCACAACCAUGUUUACAUACUCUCAUGCAAAAACUCCUCUCGGCCAAUCAGAGCGCGCGUACUAUCUUAGUUACUUUAUAAAACGUGAUUUUAAACAUGAUAUUUGUGUUCAUUUCAGGGAGAGGUUUUUACGACGAGAUUUCAUCCCUCAGGGGAAACAUUAGCUUCAGCAGGGUUUGAUCGACUUAUUUGUAAGUUCUUGCAGUCACCCUUUUCUUUACUGACCUUAGCUAUCAAGCUUGUCAGGCACUUACUUACCUAAGUCACAAGUUUUGAUCCUUGAUUCUGACAAUAUUUGGUAAACUUUUUUAGGAGCAAUUACAGAAAACUAGACCGCGAUUUCCACCUUUUUGGAAGGCUUAGAAGAGCGAGUCAUUCUCCUAUAUAUAGAUGCUCUUUUCUUAUUUUUAACGAAAGGAGAAUAGGUCGACCUGCAUUCUGUAGUUGAACCCUUUCUUUAUUUAAUCCUUCUUUUCAGAUCUUUGGAAUGUGUAUGGCGACUGUGAGAAUUUUGCUGUCCUUAAAGGUCAUACCGGUGCAGUAAUGGAGUUGCAUUUCUCCCUGGAUGGAAGGUAAUUUAAUUGUUCAAGCUGUGUUUAUGAAGAAACGAUACAUUUUCACAAAUCAGGGCUGUGCUGUAGCAGUGCCCAGUUACCCCUGUUGCGUUACUUUUGUUCUUGGCCAACUAAGAAAUCAUUAGCUUUUUCCAUAGAAAUCUUGUGCUGGGCACCAUGUAUUUCACAGGCUCAGAGCACUGGGUCCUUUCAGUUUUUCUUGGAGUAUAGCCUUGAAAAUCCACGACUAAAAAUUCCUGCAUAGUUUUCUUUACUUUACCACGUAUUGAAAAUAAGAAAAAGCAGAGUUUGCACAGUCUUGAAAAGUCCUUGAAUUUCAUUUUUCCAAUUCUGGGCAAGUCCUUGAAAAGUCCUUGAAUUUUCUUCAACUUUGAAUGUGGUGGCCUGGAAAGUGUUUUUUAAUGCUUUUUGGUUUUCCAAGACAGCAUAUAAAUCAUAGCUCAGAGACGUUCAAAGUGAUAUACGUAGAGUAUUGUUCAUUUUAUGCAAGAAUUAACUCUUAAUUUAAGACAAGUGGACUGAAAAAUGAAGACAAGUUGGUGGAGGAAAAAGUUUAAACCUUAUAGACCUGUUAGAAUGGACUGCGAAUGUGCAUUUUUUUACAAAUUAUAUGUGAAAUUACAGUGUACUUUCCUAGUAGGUGGUCCUUGAAAAUCAAAUGUGGUGCUCUAAGAGUCCUUGAAAAGUCCUUCAAAAAUGGUUGUGAAUUUAUGUUAGACUUUGAUAGAGAAGGCCAUUUCUGUUUUUCUUAGAGUUAUUAUAUAUGUCAGGUUGAGAAAAGACAACCCAAUAUCAAGUGAGAAAUAUGCAAGAGCAUGUAGAAAGGACUGACCGUGACUUCUGGCACUCUAUGAUGCCACUGUACCUUGGUCAUUAGUCAAGUUGGCUUUUAGAUUUGCACUCACCUUUGUCACUGUUGUUAUGUUGUCUUUGCUUAAUCUGCCUUUUCUAUAACAAGGAAGCUCUUACAGUGGCGUUCAGUCUUGCUUGCUUGGAGAUUAGAUCGAGAAAUGUGUGGUUCCAGAAAAUAUCCAUACCCCACCACGGAGGGAAUUUCACUUAGGACCCCCACCUCCCUGGAUUUUCCAUAUUUGUAAGGAACUGAUGACCCGCGCACCCCUCCGGUAGUUUCACAAAGUAAGACAAAGACCCCCCCAACCCCUCUGGAAUAUGUUUAUUUUCACGAAAAAAGAUUAUCAAAGUAAAGAACAACGCCGUUUGCGGUUACGCAAUGGUUUUCAUUUAAUUUUAUUGCGCAGUCUCAAAUUAGACCACAGUAAACUACCUACAAAGCAACCUAAACUACAAAAUAUUGCUUCUCCCUUUACAUGAAAGCUAUAAAGUUGUAUCUGUUGGUUUACCUUGAUGUGCAAGCUUAUGAUUUUUUUUCUAAAUGGCGGGUAGCCGUCUCCAUGGCCGUAAUGUUAAUGGAAUUAAUGCCAUUUCAGCAUGCAUAGAUCACGAACAUGUCAAACUUUCAACCAUAAAAUAAUGUGGAAACGAAAAGCAGGGUUCGUACGGGUCCUGGAAAACCUGGAAAGUCAUGGAAAUUUAAAAUUUCAAAAUCCAGGCCUGGAAAACCUGGAAAAUAUGUGUUGGUCCUUGAAAGUCCUGGAAAAUUAGACUUUUCCUAGGACAUUGAAUAAGUUUCUUUUCAUUUUCUUCGCUCACAUUUUCAAGUUUUUUGUGGGCGACAAAUGGACGUGUACAAUCUUGCAAAAUGGUACCUGUCGUUAAUCCCAAAACCUGACAGUUCAGAGUCUGGGCUCUAGCUACCCCUGCAGUUUUACGGGCUUCCCAUGUUCAAAAAUUUUGUUGUUUGUAUCUGGAUGAGAAUGGCGCCGUUGUUUCGUUCUGUUUUAAAUCUAGCCUGCAAAGCAGGCGUAUUUUGGAGCGCGAUCCAUGAAUUGUUUUCAGGAAUGACGUUGUCCCGCCAUCUUGGACGUUAAUACUACCAGAGAGUUGGGACGUGGCGGCCACGAUCAAUGUACCUCCGAGUUUUCGUUAAAAAACGCCUGCUCUGCAGGCUAUUUUAAAUCAAGUCAAAACGUACUCAAAAGUAUUGUUUCCGGCCCUUGUGAUUAAGCUGAAUGAACAAUGCCUGGGAAGUGUACUUUCAAAGAAAACUGGACUUCUCACAAGAUAUACAAAGACUGGAUAUUACAAGAGUCAAGCUCUCAACACAAAGCACGUUGUCGCUUGUGCCAAAAAUCAUUGGACUACUCAAACAUGGGGGAAUCCACCCUCAGAAGCAGAGCUGUCAACUCUCCUGGUUAAUCCAGGAGACACCAUUUUUUGGACCGUAUCUCUCAGUCUCCAGGUUAGAGUAUGAAAUCCUCCCCGAUAAUCGCCGAGUUUUGCCAUUUCUUGUAGAGUCGACUUUCCGACCAUAAAAUUUCAAAUAUUUUGCGUUGUUUGAAUUAUUUUUAUACUGUUAACAUCAAGCAUUGUAAUCUCCGGUGUGCCAUUAUACUAUAAGCAAUAAUGUGAUUGGUGGGAAGUAAACCGAUCAAGUCAAAUGUUGUGCAACAACAUCUUUUUCGCGCGUUUUGUGUCAUCGCUAAUUCGGGGCAAUCGGAGUCAACAGUAUCUUUUGCAAAAAUGACGUCAUGUGCCAUUUGUUAUGACGUCAUCUAUCAUCCCUUUGCUAUCAGCCCUGCAGAAGGAACAGGAGAGGGAGUAAGCACAAAGAAUUAGCAGCAUUAAUAGCUGAGCGGUCAGUGCCAAUUAUCCAGUUGAUGUCUUCAAAGGCAGUAUCUUCAUCUAGCUCUGACAAACCUGGUCCUUUGAUGUCUUGUGGCUUACAUUCCAGCCCUUCAGUACGUGAUGCAAGUGCUGAAACACCAAGCUCAUCUGCUUCUCUUAAAGAAACGGUCGAAAAACAGUCGAAAACCGGUCAGUAAUUAAGUAGCACAGUCAAAAAGUCAUGGGAGUUCCUCAAAAUGAAAACCUGAAGAAGCUUCUAAAAUCGACAGCGAAAUAGACCAGAAGCAACAGACUCUUGCAGAAACAUAGCAAAAAUGCUACAUAGUUUGUUGGUUUGUUUGGAUUGUUUCAGUUUCCCUGGCUAUUACUGGUCCUGGAUUUUUGUAAAUAUGGUCCUUGAAAGUCCUGGAAAAGUCCUGGAAUUUUGAUGGACCAGUGGUGUACGAACCCUGGAAAAGGAGAAUAAAAAUCUAGAUUCUGAAAUCAUUACUUCAUAUACCUUCUGCUUCUUGAAGCGAAACUUUCACUGUUGUACUGUUUUUCAAUCAACUGGCGCGACGCCGAGAUGGAAGAAACAUAGCUAGGGAAGAGUGAACUUGUGUAACUACACCUGUUACGCGUUUAUGUCUCUAUGGAGGCUGGUAACGGAUAAUGGCGAGAAGUCGAGUUUUUGUUGGCCUAACAGGGUCCUAAUUCCUUUGAAUUCACUUACAUAAUGCUUUUGGAAGAAAGAAAACCUGGCUUAGAUGGAAAAACAAUCAUAAAUGAUAUAGUUAAACUUAUUUAUGUCUCCAAAAAUGAUCUACCAGAUCAGUAAGUAGUAAUGUUAGUACUGAGUUCGAAAUAAACCCCUUGGAAACUGGUUUUUAUCAUCCAACCCCCCUCCCCUUUGGAAUUUUCUGGGGCUCUGUCCCCCCCACCCCCUCGGAAUUUCCAGUUCUCUUGAUGGAGGGGGUAUGGAUAUUUUCUGGAACCACUCGAUGAGGAGGCGAUUAAUUCUACAUGAAACAGGAUUUACUCGCUAAAGGUCUUUUACUUCCUACUUUAUCAACGUUGAGCAUUCUUCAGGAUAUUUACUUUUCUUUGUUUCUUAAUUGAUUUAGUAUGCGUGUUAGUGACAACCAAAAAUACGUCUGCAGCUGCAGGCUAUACGCGUGUAUAAAUACAGGAAAAUUUAAGGGCCUCGCCAGAGAAAUUACAUCAUCGUCAGAGAUCAAAAAGGUGAUUUACAUGGCACGUCCUUUCAAUCAUCGCCGAAAAUAAAUCGCGUGCUCAUCACAAGACCCACUUGCUUACAAUGAAAGUUUACAGCACCCGACCAUUGCAGUUUUUCUAAUUAAGAUUCUUAUUUUUUUUUUGACCACUCAGUAGUGUUUACUUGUUCCAAAGUAAUCAACACUUUCAAUCGAUAGAAUUUGUGGACCGACACGCUUCGGAAAAGCUCCACUUUUAAUCUUUCCUACAGUUGUGUGUAAGCUUUUUUCGCAAAACAUGCGUGGCUUCAGUCACGCAAUGAUUCUUAUUCCCAGUUUCCACGGUCUCCACUGGGAACGCCUGGCACGAUGACCCCCUUUUGUGUCAUAAAUACGAGGAAUUUAAACAGCUUGCAGAUUAUGAGUCUCGCUGCUUACGCAAGCAAGACUAACAAGUACACUAAUACCAAGGAACUUAGAACUUGUUUUUCAGAAAUAAAACACCCAGGGGCCUGGUUCCUCAAAAGAUAGUCAAGUCUAACCCAGGAUUAAGCCAAAUUUUAAGCACAGUAGCUGAACUCGGUAGUAUUAUUGUAUGGCAGUGAUAUUUUUAGUUGGAAGGUCUCAAUCAAAAAACAUCCCCUCCAAAAAGGAGAUAAGAUGACCAGGGGAUGUUUUUGCCUGGAGCCCUUCUCAGUUGGCUUUUUGUCAUUACAACAUUAAGAAUUUAUGCAAGUUUUGUUUUGUUUUUUUUCAGUACCAUGUUUACAGCUUCUACUGACAAGACUUUAGGAAUCUGGGAUUUUGAAACAGGAACAAGAAUAAAAAAGCUGAAAGGUCAUAGCUCAUUUGUCAAUAGCUGUUUUCCUUCAAGACGAGGCCCACAGUAUAUUGUUAGUGGUGCUGACGAUUGCACAGUAAAGGUAUGUUUAGUAGAGAAAAGCUUUUAAUAUUACCACAAAGACUCAAACACUCUUUUCCCAUUUAUUCACCAAAAAUUAAUUUUACCAAUCUGCAUUAAGUGUUGCCUGAAUUUCAGACUUUCCCUCAACUCCUCUGAGAGGAGUAUUCAACUCGAAGGAAUGUCUGAAAUUCAGGCUUCAUGCAUGUACAUUAGGUGUGGUUAUGUUGUAGAUAAAAUUGGGUCUAAUGAUAAUUGAGAAUAAUAAUAAAAUUCUUAUUUUUUUAUUGUUAUUAUUUUACCACACAAGAUAAAUUACCAUCUCAAGUAGUAGUAAAAGCGUAAAUAAAUAUAUUAUUGAUCAAUAACAUUAGAUUAAAAUUAGUAAACAAUUGGGAAGGCGACUGUGGCAGGAAAAUCUCUGAGAAGCAAACACGCUUAUAAGUAAAUAAAGAUUUCCCCCCACCGGCAAUUUAAAUAUUGGACAGCAUUCAAAGUAAAAGAGAAAAGACGUGUAUAAGUAUAUAAGCAUGUAUACUGAACAAAAUUAAUAUACAUGUAGAUUUAUAGGUAACAGAUAUUUAACCUAUAUCCUGUCUGCAGACCCUUAAAAAUGGUUUUGUCAGUCGCUUAAAUACGUUAAAUGUUGGGGCGUCUUUGAUGUUGUUUGGUAAAGAAUUCCAUAUUCUAGGACUUUGAAUCAGGAUCAAAAAUUUGUUGAUAUUUAUACUUAUAAUAAUUUAUUAUCUUCUCCUCUUUUGGGGCUUUUUAGAGAUAAUGAAACAAAAAUUAAUAUUCAAAUGGAACAUAACAAGGUUAAGAAUCCCAUCUGGUAGAAGACAAUCCAGUUGGCUAUUUUACAAUUUUGGCCAAGGAUUUGAAAUUGGGACUACUGAGGACAAUUUGGUGUUAAUAGUAGUUUGGCUUUCUUGCUCUAGGGGUUAGCGAAAAACCCAUGCAAGCUAUUUUACCACUUAGAUGGCAUGUAUUUCAAGCACUGAACAGAUAUGUUUCAGAUUGAAAAAGUUUGAUUCUUAUUAAUAUUUCAGUUGUGGGAUACACGUAAAAGGGGAUGUGCCCAAACAUUCCAAAACAGUUAUCAAGUAAGUAGUGAAGAUCAUGUAUGUACUGUACCAUGCUGCUUUGAAGCUUUUUAAAAAGCUUAUCUAAAAUCUUGGCUGCAGUCAUUGUAAUUCCUGACGAUUGAGAGACAUGGGAACAAAUAAUUAGUCAGAAAUUAAUAGCGGAGUGCACGCGCAGUGGAGCACCAUGGGUAAGAAAAUGUGGUAAACUACCCAUCCAAGAAAAGUUGGUAAUCACGUGGCCGUACACUGAUUGACCGCCUGACCGUCCAUCCGCACCACAGGCAUACCAAUGUAAAAUAACUCAAUCAACAGGUGUAGCAACCCAAAUGCAACUCAAGGUUAUUUUGACGGGAAAUCGCAUAGCCACCCGCGUCUUGUAAAGCAGAGAGAACUAAAGAGUCAAUGAAGACGAAAACGGAAAGCGACAAUAUGUCUUGGUAUCCAUGUUUUCUAAGGUAUUAAACUUGGAGUAAGUGUCAUGUCCACAAAUUUGGAAUAUAGAGCAAGAGAAAGACAGAGAAAAAGAGAAAGUAGGCGGCAGGCCAGCGAAGCUCAACGAGAACAAGGGUAACAGAAGUCGAGAGCAAGAGAUAAAAACAAGAGACAUUUUUUAUUGGAAGAACAACAUGAAAAUUUUGUAGCGGCGGUGACAAAAUGAGAAAUGCUAGCGGCCACCAAUGCCAGGUGAAAGUGAGCGGCAGUGAAAAAAAAGUGAACGAGAAAAUGUACAACAUUUCCUUCAUAACUAAGAAGUGUCUGGAAGUUUCACGUUGUAGUCGUGCAAAACAACGGCAAAGAAAUGUCCAAAAAGGUGUGCUUCACAUGCAAAGUUGCUUUUUUUCUAAUUAGACCUAUUGUUGUUUUUCACUGUUCUCCGUGCUUUGCCUUCGCCACUUAGCAUCAAAUGAUUUUAUAUUUUGUUUGAACAAAAUAUAAAUAUUAUCGAGAGCAUCGCUUUUAGCCCAUGGCUACGUAAAUCUUUAUAUUAUUCUGACUGCAUGGUAUAGAGGCGCGCUGGUGUUACUGGGAUGGUAUCGGGCUAUUUGUGGUUUUGGCAUGAAACUUGUGCCAUUCUACAUCAGCUCAGUCCUUCUAAUGGUUUUCGUUUUGUUUUGCAAGUUUUCCUUUUCUAUAUUUUAUUUUGUUACAUCUUCAGAUCUGUAUGUUUUGGAAUAACGUUUCUUAUUUCGGUAUAUGUGAAUUUAGGUAGACCCGCAGACUUUUCCAGUAGUAUAAUUUUGGAGUAGUAUAUAUAUUAUUGUAAUGUAGUUUCCUUGAUCCCUUUCCACGGGGUUUUACGUGCCACUGCAUUAGUACAGGGUCGUACAGGGGGGGUCUCUCGCACGGUUCACGAACAGAAAAAACAGCGAAUCACGGAUCACGGCUAUCAAAAUUUCAUUUUCCCGAAUCACGAAAAUAAACAAGUAAGGUACUCGUUGUAAUAACCUUCUCUUACGGUAGAAAGAGUGUUUGAAGAAAGCAAAAUCGUUAAAGGCGAAGUAAAGGCUGCUUUUGAAGUAAAAUAGCAUCGCCCGUGUUUGAAGCUGUAUUUUACCUGAAGUAUUUAAAAUUUACUCGUCUUGAAAUAUUCUAAUUUAACUUUGUACUACCAUCGUCAUCCUGACAUAGUCGCCGUUUUCUCUUGUUCUUCUUUUAACCUUGAUUACUUAUUAACCUAUAGAAAAGUCGGUCCGUGUCUUUCAGAACGGUCCUUGAUGUCGUGUAAUAAGAAGUACCGUAAAUAAAUUCCUACCUUGUAAUGAAGAUGUAUUUCCUGAUAGUAGCGGCCUCUCCUCGUCCCAUUGCUCUUGUGUAUUUAUCGCAAAGGCCUUACUGCCAUCUUUUCCCUUUUCCAGACGACAAAAUUAAAGUUCAACACAGGAGCCAAGGCCACGUUUCUUAGCCUCUGCCUUUAAUACGGCAAAUUCCGCGAACUUUUUAGUAAAUGCUGCCAAAGAUGAAUGUUGAUCUGUAAUUGGAAAGCGAACUCGUCCCUUUCCAAGAAAAUUAAGCGAGCCGACAGACUUUGGGUCAACGUAAAAGACAAUACAUUCGACCCUCAUCGUACUAUACGUACUCGUCCCCUCCAUAUCACGGAUGUUUCGAUGUUUUGGAUCACUGUCCUUUGACCUCCAGUGACAUAGGAGACCAUAGGCAUAGGAAUAGACAUCUGAUCCAUGAUAGGCAUUUAAAGCACGUGAAUUUGCACAAUGGAUUACUUCAAUUAAAGCGAAGUCUGUUACUUGUCACAUUUGAUAUUUUCAGUCUUAAAAUAAUUCUUCCGGAGCACUCGCAUCUCAAAAUCACGCCAAAUAGAGUGGUGAAAUCACGAACAUCGGUUAAUAAUUCAAGUUCUUCACGGGUCACGCAAAACCUUCAGAUCACGGAUCAUGAAGAAUAAUUUAUUAAAUUCACGUUUCACGGAAAAUAAAAUCAGCCAAUCACGCAUCACGGGAAUACCCCUGUACGACCCUCUUAGUAGGGGAAUACAUUCCACACAUUUUUUGGCCGCUUCUCUAGGGUGGUUUUUAGUGGUUUUUCAUAUCUGGCAUGGUACACGUUCUAGCUUAGAACACUAUUAGUACUUUGCUAGAAGGAUAUCAUUGAUUUAACAUCUGCAUCAGAUGGCUGACUGAUGCAUUCUAAAUAAAGGUUUUCACAUUGAAUAUCUUGUGUUAGGAAUAACGGAGUCAGAAUACAGCAUUUUUGUGCAUGUGUUACAUUUUAAUACAGGUAACAGCAGUAUCAUUCAAUGACACAAGUGAUCAGAUUCUUUCCGGUGGAAUUGAUAAUGAGAUUAAGGUAAUUAAAUAGACAAAUAAUUGAAGGGGCACAAGAUGAAUUUCUUAAUUCUCCUUCCAAAUUGAUUCCUAUUAAUUUGCUUAUAAAGCUAAGGGCUGCCGCAGCCCACGAAUGUCGCCCAUGGGUACGGGUUGAGGUCGGGUUUUUCUCGUUCUGAAUUUCGCUUUGUCAGAACAGACCGCCUUAGUAAUUUUGUUACCCACAGUUACAAUAGGAUUUAAUUGUUUUUGCUUUCUGUGCCAUGUGUAAUUAUGUGUUCCGCGUAUUCUUGACCUCCCUUGUAAUUUAGUGUUAUACACUACCAAAAGGGUUUAAUAGACUGAUUAUUAUUAGAUUAGGGCCAGUUUCUAGAAAGUCCUGGUAAUUUUUCAGACCCAAAGCUAAAUUAAUAUAAAAAUCAAAAUCUUAAAAUUCUAAGGAGUUAGAGCACAGCCUUUCAUGUGGUGAUUCAGAGAAAGUGAUGUUCAGGUUUGACCUCUUUGUUUUGACUUCUUAUUGUCUCUAUGUAGCUGAGUAGCUUUAAAUACCUGUAAAAUGGAGCAGUGAUGGAACAACAACAACAAUUAUUUACAUUUCACUUUAGAAUAAUAAUAGUUACAGAAUGGGUAGUUUUAGUCUAACGGUCAGUUACAUGCAGUGUAAUAAAAGGAAAACUAAAAAUACAUUACAGGUAAGGAAAUUCCUAGCAUCUAAAUAAACCGUUAAAAGGUUUCCCAGUUAGAUACUAGAUGGAGAGAUGGGAUAAAAUGAAUGUACUGCCAAGCUCAGGGGUUUUAGUCUAUUGAGUACUGCUACAAGUUACCAACAUAAAAUAAGGACCUUUUCACUACCUUUAACUUGGGACCUAGCUAACAAAGCAGUCUAUUUUGUUUUGUUAGUAACCAAUAGCAUUAUCAUAUUAUCUGCAAAACUACACCAAUGAUUUUGAAAGUAAACAGAAACAGCUUUUUUGGUCCAGUGAUUACUAGGAGUUAAAGGAACUGGCCCCUUGGAGAAAAUUUUACUCCAAGGUUGUUUGCAGGCAUUCCUUCAAAUAACAGUACAUUGCUACUUCCAAAUUUGGGUCUUGAUGACUCUUAAUGAGAGUACAGUAAGAGAAAAAUUUUCCUGUUAAUCCAUAAUUUCUAACAAAAAUGUGACUUUUCUCUUGAGGUGUGGGAUCUUAGGAAAAAUGAUGUUUUGUAUAAGAUGUCUGGGCACACCGACACAGUUACUUGUCUUCGACUCAGUCCUGAUGGCUCCUUCAUACUUUCAAAUGCGAUGGACAACACAGGUUAGUACCAGUUAACGAAACAAAUUUGUUAAAGAAAAAUAGAAGAAAUUCCUUUUCAAAAAUCAUGUUACCUACAUUUAUCCCUAACUGUCUACUCUAUGGUGGUAGAUGCCUUCUUCAGAAAGACAUCAGCAACGAUUAGCUGGCUUGGGCCAGGUUUUACAGCUUUUUAUCAUCUCUCUUUUCUCUAUUUCCUCAAAAUAUAAUAUUAUUGUUUUGUAAUUUAUCAAUUUUUUUGUGUUGUGCAGUUCGGAUGUGGGACAUCCGUCCUUUUGCUCCCCUGGAAAGAUGCCUGAAGGUGUUUACUGGUGCUCAACACAACUUUGAAAAGGUAAAGCAGCUUCUUAAGGUACGGAAAAACGGGCAACAAAAAACAUGCAACUUGUUUUGCAACAUUGCUGCAAAACGAGUUGAAUAGUGAUGUUGCGCGUUUUACCACCCACAUAAAACCUGUCUUGAAACAGAUCAGGUUGUUAACAGCUUUGAUUCAUGGUGGUAAAACGCGCGACAUCGCUAUUCAACUCGUUUUGCAGCAAUGUUCAAGACAAGUUGCAGGUUUUUUUUUGCCCGUAUUUCCGUGUCUUUAUUCAAUACCAAACUUAAACUUAAGUCAAAACUCUUAGCCUGUGAGUGCAGACAUAUAUUUCCCAUCAUCAUUUCUCUCCACCCAGGUGGAAAGAAGUGACUACUGGAAAUACGUCUGCGCGCCUAACCUACAAAAGUCUUUUGUUCUCACUGCAAACUGUACCUGCUACGUAUACAGAGUGUAUGCAUACAGCUUCUCAGCACAUUUGCAAAGAAUACAGCAGUGCUUAUGCUAAAAACGUUUAGUUUAAUUACUGUAUUCUUAAGCAACCGAAGAAAUGCGUCGGCCUCUUUGCUCAGAGAGGUCAGCUACUUUUUCCCCUGUAAUUGAAGCUGGGAAUGAAGUGUUAAAUUAAAGAAAGAUACAAUACUUUAAGGAAAGCAGUCAUAAAACUAAAAAGAGAAACCAUUCACUUUUUUGACAAGAUGUAACUUUUGCAUGAAGUGCUGCACAUGCAUUUCUCAUGGUGAUUGUGUUCAUAUUCAUUAGGAAAUGUAGAAUGUAUCAGCAUACGAACUGCCAUUAUUUUGUAAAUCAACACUGAUCAGCAUUGAAUAUAAGAAAUAAACAAUAAAAUUAGACAAAAUUCAACACUGCUGUAACCUGUUAAUAAGAAAUCUUCCUUUAACCUUUUUAACUCAAAUUAGUGCCCAGAACCCUGAAAAUCUCAUUUUAGGGCUUCCAAAAAUUUCUCCCGUAAGAAGAUGGGGACUAAAAUUAAUGCUCCUUUCCGAUACAGUCGGUUAACUUAUUCAAACCUGCUGGCUACUUCAGUUUUUAUUGAAACCCCUGCUCAAGGUUCAAAAAUCUACUUUCCAUUAUUUUGUUCAAUAUGCUUCAAUGAUUCUUUAACCAAUAGAAAACAUUUUUUUAAAUUUUUUUUUCUUGGAAUCUAGAAUUUGAUUAAGUGUUCUUGGUCACCUGAUGGACUGAUGAUCUCAUCAGGUUCCGCUGAUAGGUAAGUGUCACAAGAAACAUUUUGCACUUGGCCUCAUUUUCAAAGUGAGGUUUUUGGAACUUGGAAAAUUGGCCUACCAGUAUUUGUGUGUCUCUGAUUCUCUUGACAAAUAGUUGACCUUAUGGGCCUGGACAAGUUAAAGUUUUCUUGGGGCUAACUUGACCUUUGAGGCACAUGUUUACUCAGAAAUUUCUUUUAAGAGUGUGGGCACGUUGCAUUUUGUGAUAUUUAGCUUGACAGCUUGUAAAUGGAAAUCGCAGCAAUAUCCUUCAGCCUUGCUUGGUUUUUCUGGGAUUAUUUAAUAAUGAAUGAGAAUAAUAAAUCAUUGCCAAGGAUACAGAUACUCAUAACCAAGCUUAGUACAUGUGAAUAUUCAACAAUGUUGAACAUGUUGGAAAAAUGUUGAAGGUGAUGGUUGAUGGCAAUCAAACUUUGUCCAACAUAGUUCAACAUCAUGCUAGAUGAGCCUCAAAUAAGUUUAACUUGUUAGAGGAAAUGUUAUGUAGGCAUUGUUUGGCUGGGGCUUUAGUCACAAUGAAAUGUUAUUAUACUUGGCAGUGUGCAACAAAACUCACCCCACUCUCUUUCUCACUUGAAUACUUCUUGUUGUAGGUUUGUUUAUGUUUGGGAUACAAACUCCAGAAGAAUUUUGUACAAACUACCAGGACAUGAUGGAUCAGUAAACGAUGUUGACUUUCACCCAAAUGAACUAAUUUGUGAGUAUAUACAAGACUUCAAUUUGUAUGCAAUUUAUAAAUUUGCAAAAUUCUUGAAACUUGUAAUCCUUUCAUUCAUUGAAAGGAAGCUUACUAUCACUGUUUCAAGAAUUACUAUUAAAACUGUGUUUAUUUUGUUUGUUUAUCUUUAGUGAUGUCUUGUGGAAGUGACAAGAAAAUUUAUCUAGGAGAGUUACAACCCUAAAAGGAUGGCCUGAACAUAGGAAACAGUUAACCAUACUUAAGUGUUUAAUAAAAUAACACUUGAAGCAGCUUUCUCUAGCUGUUUGUGUAGCUGCUAUGUAAACUACAUAAAUUGCGACCCAAAAGAAAUUAAGCUUCAUUGAGACUUUACAAGAUUAUUUGGAAAAAAACAUGAGUCAGAAGAAGGUUUGAAGACAGUAAUGACUUCAGUUCAUAUGGCCGUCUGAGUCACUCCCUUGUUUGCUCAAUUUGGUCAAUGAUAUAUCAAUUUCUCACGCAAUAGAUUAAAUCAGCUACAGAAGACCUAGGUUAGUAACUAAAGACCAUGUGUAAUAAAAUACUUUUUUUAUUCAAGAUGUUUACACUUGUCGCAUGUUAAAUUUUAAACAGUUCAGUUGGUAAACCUUUGUUAUUGAAUCCUGUCCAUUCAGCGGGCUUAUUUUAGAAUAACUUUUGUACAGUGUCUGUAAAUAAUACUAUGAAAGCUCUUUUUUUUACACUCUUUGCGAUGCAGUACCUUCUUGCUUUUCAUUGUAACAAAAUACAAAUAAAACACACAAUUUUAAGUAACA